GCGCGGGCUGCGGGUGCUGACCUGCGGUCGUCCCCGGAGCUGCGCCCGCGCCCCUGCCCUGCCCCGAGCCGCGCGCAAUCGGGCCCCGAGGGUGGCGGCGGUGUGGAGCGGGAGCCACCAUGGCCAGUGGCAGCUGUCAGGGGUGCGAGGAAGACGAGGAAACUCUGAAGAAGUUGAUAGUCAGGCUGAACAAUGUCCAGGAAGGAAAACAGAUAGAAACGCUGGUCCAGAUCCUGGAGGAUAUGCUGGUGUUCACGUACGCCGACUACGCCUCCACGUUAUUUCAAGGCAAAAAUGUCCACGUGCCUCUGUUGAUCGUCUUGGACUCCUACAUGAGAGUCGCCAGCGUGCAGCAGGCGGGUUGGUCACUUCUAUGCAAAUUGAUAGAAAUCUGUCCUGGUACCAUGCAAAGCUUAAUGGGACCUCAGGAUAUUGGAAAUGAUUGGGAAAUUCUCGGUGUUCACCAACUGAUUCUUAAAAUGCUAACAGUUCAUAAUGCCAGCAUAAACCUGUCAACAGUGGGACUGCAGGCCUUAGAUCUCCUCCUAACUUCAGGUAAAAUCACUUUGCUGAUCUUGGAUGAAGAAAGUGAUGUUUUCUUGUUGAUUUUUGAUGCCAUGAACACAUUUUCAACCAAUGACGAAAUCCAGAAACUUGGAUGCAGAGCAUUACAUGUGCUCUUCGAAAGAGUUUCGGAGGAGCAACUGACUGAAUUUGUUGAGAACAAAGAUUACAAGGUAUUGUUGAGCGCACUAAACAAUUUCCCGGCUGAGGAGGAAAUUGUACUUCAUGUACUGCACUGUUUACAUUCCCUCGCAAUUCCUUGUAAUAAUGUGGAAGUCCUCAUGAGCGGCAACGUCAGGUGUUAUAAUAUAGUGGUGGAAGCCAUGAAGGCAUUUCCUGUCAGUGAAAAAAUUCAAGAAGUGAGUUGCUGCCUGCUCCACAGGCUCACGUUAGGUAAUUUUUUUAAUAUCCUGGUAUUGAACGAGGUACACGAAUUCGUGGUGAAAGCUGUGCAGCAGUAUCCAGAGAAUGCAGCCUUACAAAUCUCGGCACUCACCUGUUUAGCGCUCCUCACUGAGACCAUUUUCUUAAAUCAAGACUUAGAGGAAAAGAAUGAGAAUCAGCAGAAUGAUGAUGAAGAAGUAGAACAGAAGCUGUUCUGGCUGGACGCCUGUUACAAAGCUUUGACGGGGCACAGGAAGAAUAAACACGUGCAGGAGGCUGCGUGCUGGGCCCUGAACAAUCUCCUGAUGUACCAAAAUAGUUUACAUGAGAAGAUCGGAGAUGAAGAUGGCCAGUUCCCGGCCCACAGGGAGGUGAUGCUGUCCAUGCUCAUGCAUUCCUCGUCCAAAGAAGUCUUCCAGGCGUCUGCCAAUGCCCUGUCCACUCUCUUGGAACAAAAUGUUAAUUUCAGAAAGAUCCUGUUGUCAAAAGGAAUCUAUCUGAAUGUUUUGGAGUUGAUGCAGAAGCACCUACAUUCUCCUGAAGUGGCUGAAAGUGGCUGUAGAAUGCUAAACCAUCUUUUUGAAGGAAGUAACACUUCUGUGGAUACAAUGGCAGCUGUGGUUCCCAAAAUAAUAACAGUUAUGAAAAGUCAUGAGACAUCACCAUCAGUGCAGCUGGAGGCCCUUCGAGCUGUUUUACAUUUUAUAGUGCCAGGCAUGCCGGAAGAAUCCAGAGAGGAUACUGAAUCUCAGCGUAAGCUCACUAUGGUUAGAAAACAGUGUUUCAGGAAUGAUAUUCACAAACUGGUCCUAGCGGCUUUGAACAGGUUCAUUGGAAACCCUGGGAUUCAGAAAUGUGGAUUAAAAGUCAUUUCCUCCCUAGCACCUUUUCCUGAGGCAUUAGCGAUGUUAUCCCUGGAAGGUGCUGUCGACUCCGUGCUUCACACACUGCAGAUGUACCCGGAUGACCAAGAAGUUCAGUGUCUGGGUUUAAGUCUUAUAGGAUGCUUGAUUACAAAGAAGAAUUUAUGCAUAGGAACGGGACACCUGCUGGCGAAACUUCUGGUUUCCAGCUUACAGCGAUUUAAGGAUGUUGCUGAAGUCCAGACUAAAGGCUUUCAGACGAUUCUGGCAAUACUGGAAGUGUCCAGCUCCUUUUCCAGGUUGCUGGUGCAGUAUUCACUAGAUUCAGUCAUAUUCCAUCACUUGUCCUCCAGUACCACAGAACAAAAGGAUCACCAGUUUAUAAACCUCUGUUGCAACUGCUUUGCAAAAUUAGCUAUGGACGAUGAGUUAAAAAAUCUGAUGCUGGAGAAAGCGUGUGAUCAGAACAACAGUAUCAUGGUUGAGUGCUUGCUUCUCUUGGGAGCUGACGCCAAUCAAGCAAAAGAGAUGUCUUUAAUUUGUCAGGUAUGUGAGAAAGAGAGCAGUCCCAAACUGGUGGAACUCUUGCUGAAUAGUGGAUCCCGUGAACAAGAUGUACGGAGAGCUCUGACUAUCAGCAUUGGGAAAGGUGACAGCCAGAUCAUCAGCUUGCUCUUGAGGAGGCUUGCCCUGGAUCUGGCCAAUAAUAGCAUUUGCCUUGGAGGAUUUUGUAUUGGAAAAAUUGAACCUUCUUGGCUUGGUCCUUUAUUUCCCGAUAGGACAUCUAAUCUGAGAAAACAAACAAAUAUAGGAUCAACUUUAGCAAGAAUGGUGCUCAGGCAUCAGAUGAGAAGUUCUGUGGAAGAAGGAGCAGCCUCAGAGAGCGACAGGAAUUUUCCUGAAGAUGUCCUGGAUAAACUCGAUGAAUGGACCUUCAUUCCUGACUCCUCUAUGGAUAGUGUGUUUGCUCAAAGUGAUGACCUGGAUAGUGAAGGAAGUGAAGGCUCAUUUCUUGUGAAAAAGAAAUCAAAUUCAAUUAGUGUAGGAGAAUUUUACCGAGACCAUGCGUUGCAACGUUGCUCUCCAAAUUUGCAAAGACAUUCUAAUUCUCUGGGGCCUGUUUUUGAUAAUGAAGAUUUACUGAGGCGCAAAAGAAAAAUACUGUCUUCAGAUGAUUCACUCAGGUCAUCAAAACUUCAAUCUCAUAUGAGACAAUCAGACAGCAUGUCUUCCCUGGCUUCUGAGAGAGAAUAUAUCACAUCACUAGACCUUUCAGCGAAUGAACUAAGAGAUAUUGAUGCCCUAAGCCACAAGUGCUGUCUAAGUGGUCAUUUGGAGCAUCUUGAAAAGCUGGAGCUUCACCAGAAUGCACUCGCAAGCUUUCCGCCACAGCUGUGUGAAACUCUCAAGUGUUUGACACAUUUGGACUUGCACAGUAAUAAAUUUACAUCAUUCCCCUCUUACCUGUUGAAAAUGAAUUGUAUCACCAACCUGGAUGUCUCUCGAAAUGAUAUUGGACCCUCAGUGGUUUUAGAUCCUGCCGUGAAAUGUUCAACCCUGAAGCAAUUUAACCUGUCAUAUAACCAACUGUCUUCUGUUCCUGAAAACCUUGCCGACGUGAUAGAGAAACUGGAACUGCUCGUUUUAGAAGGAAAUAAAAUAUCAGAGAUUAGUUCUCCCUUGAGCCUGAAGGAACUGAAGAUUUUAAACCUUAAUAAAAACCACAUUUCAUCCCUAUCAGAGAACUUUCUUGAAGCUUGUCCUAAAGUGGAGAGUUUCAGUGCCAGAAUGAAUUUUCUUGCUGCCAUGCCUUUCUUGCCUUCUUCCAUGACAAGCUUAAAAUUAUCUCAAAACAAAUUUACGUGUGUUCCAGAAGCAAUUUUAAACCUUCCACACUUACGGUCUUUAGAUAUGAGCAACAAUGACAUUCAGUAUCUGCCGGGUCCUGUACACUGGAAAUCUCUGAACUUAAGGGAACUCUUAUUUAGCUAUAAUCAGAUCAGCAUCUUGGACCUGAGUGAAAAAGCACACGCAUGGUCUAGAGUAGAGAAACUCCAUCUUUCUCAUAAUAAACUGAAAGAGAUUCCUCCUGAGAUUGGCUGUCUUGAAAAUCUGACAUCUCUCGAUGUUAGUUACAACCUGGAACUGAGAUCCUUUCCCAACGAAAUGGGAAAAUUGAGCAAAAUAUGGGAUCUUCCUCUGGAUGAACUGCGUCUUAAUUUUGACUUUAAACAUGUAGGAUGCAAAGCCAAAGACAUCAUAAGGUUUCUUCAACAGAGGUUAAAAAAGGCUGUGCCCUAUAACCGAAUGAAACUUAUGAUUGUGGGAAAUACUGGGAGUGGUAAAACCACCUUAUUGCAGCAAUUAAUGAAAACCAAGAAAUCAGAUCUUGGAAUGCAAAGUGCCACCGUUGGCAUCGACGUGAAAGACUGGCCUAUCCAAAUAAGAGGGAAAAAGAAGAAAGACCUCAUUUUAAAUGUGUGGGAUUUUGCGGGUCGUGAGGAAUUCUACAGCACUCACCCCCAUUUUAUGACCCAGCGAGCAUUGUACCUUGCCGUCUAUGACCUCAGCAAAGGACAGGCUGAAGUGGAUGCCAUGAAGCCGUGGCUAUUCAACAUCAAGGCUCGGGCCUCCUCCUCCCCUGUGAUUCUUGUGGGCACACACCUGGAUGUUUCUGAUGAGAAGCAGCGCAAAGCCUGCAUCACGAAAAUCAACAAGGAGCUCCUGAACAAGCGGGGGUUCCCUGCCAUCCGCGACUACCACUUCGUGAAUGCCACAGAGGAGUCCGACGCUUUGGCCAAACUUCGCAAGACCAUCAUCAAUGAGAGCCUUAACUUCAAGAUCCGAGAUCAGCCCGUUGUGGGGCAGCUGAUUCCAGACUGCUAUGUCGAACUUGAGAAAAUCAUUUUAUCGGAGCGUAAACAUGUGCCAAUUGAAUUUCCCGUAAUUGACCGGAAACGAUUGUUACAACUAGUGAGAGAAAGUCAGCUGCAGCUGGAUGAAAAUGAGCUUCCUCACGCGGUUCACUUCCUAAACGAAUCAGGAGUCCUUCUUCAUUUUCAAGACCCAGCACUGCAGUUAAGUGACUUAUAUUUUGUGGAACCCAAGUGGCUUUGUAAAAUCAUGGCACAGAUUUUGACCGUGAAAGUGGAAGGCUACCCGAAACAUCCUAAGGGAAUUAUUUCUCGUAGAGAUGUAGAAAAAUUUCUUUCAAAGAAAAGGAGAUUUCCAAAGAACUACAUGUCACAGUACUUUAAACUCCUAGAAAAAUUCCAGAUUGCUUUGCCAACAGGAGAAGAACAUUUGCUGGUUCCAAGCAGUUUGUCUGAGCACAGGCCUGUGAUAGAACUUCCCCAUUGUGAGAACUCUGAAAUUAUCAUUCGACUGUAUGAAAUGCCUUAUUUUCCAAUGGGAUUUUGGUCGAGGUUAAUCAGUCGAUUACUUGAAAUUUCUCCUUACAUGCUUUCGGGAAGAGAACGAGCACUUCGCCCAAACAGAAUGUAUUGGCGACAAGGCAUCUACUUGAAUUGGUCUCCCGAAGCCUAUUGUCUGGUAGGAUCCGAAGUCUUAGAUAAUCACUCAGAGAGUUUCUUAAAAAUUACAGUUCCUUCUUGUAGAAAAGGCUGUAUCCUUUUGGGCCAAGUUGUGGACCACAUUGAUUCCCUCAUGGAAGAAUGGUUUCCUGGGCUGCUGGAGAUUGAUAUUUGUGGUGAAGGAGAGACUCUACUCAAGAAAUGGGCCUUAUAUAGUUUUAAUGAUGGUGAAGAGCAUCAGAAAAUCCUCCUGGAUGACUUGAUGAAAAAAGCUGAAGAAGGCGACCUCCUGAUAAAUCCAGAUCAACCAAGGCUCACCAUUCCAAUAUCUCAGAUUGCUCCUGACUUGAUUUUGGCCGACCUGCCUAGAAAUAUUAUGUUGAAUAAUGAUGAGUUGGAAUUUGAACAAGCUCCAGAGUUUCUCCUAGGUGAUGGCAGUUUUGGAUCAGUUUAUCGAGCAGCCUAUGAAGGAGAAGAAGUGGCUGUGAAGAUUUUUAAUAAACACACAUCACUUAGGCUGUUGAGACAAGAGCUGGUGGUGCUUUGCCACCUCCACCACCCCAGCCUGAUAUCUCUGCUGGCGGCUGGGAUUCGCCCUCGAAUGUUGGUGAUGGAGUUGGCAUCCAAGGGUUCCUUGGACCGCCUGCUUCAGCAGGACAAAGGCAGCCUCACCAGAACCCUGCAGCACAGGAUAGCACUGCAUGUGGCCGACGGCUUGCGAUACCUCCACUCAGCCAUGAUUAUCUACCGGGACUUGAAACCCCACAACGUGCUGCUUUUUACUCUGUAUCCCAAUGCUGCCAUCAUCGCAAAGAUCGCCGACUACGGGAUCGCUCAGUAUUGCUGCCGGAUGGGCAUCAAGACGUCAGAGGGCACACCAGGGUUUCGCGCACCUGAAGUCGCCAGAGGAAAUGUCAUUUAUAACCAACAGGCUGAUGUUUAUUCAUUUGGUCUGCUACUCUACGACAUUUUAACAACUGGAGGGAGAAUAGUAGAGGGCCUGAAGUUUCCCAAUGAGUUUGAUGAAUUAGCAAUACAAGGAAAAUUGCCUGAUCCUGUUAAAGAGUAUGGUUGUGCCCCGUGGCCCACCGUUGAGAAGUUAAUUAAAAUGUGUUUGAAAGAAAAUCCUCAAGAAAGGCCGACUUCUGCCCAGGUCUUUGACAUGUUGAAUUCAGCAGAGUUAAUCUGUCUGAUGAGACGAAUUUUACUACCUAAAAGCUUUAUUGCUGAAUGUAUGGCUGCGACACCCACUAACAGCAAGAACGCCAGCAUUUGGCUGGGCUGUGGCCACAGGGACAAAGGGCAGCUCUCGUGUCUCGACUUAAAUACUGAAGGACACACUUCCGAGGAAGUUACUGAUAGUAGAAUAUUGUGCUUAGCCUUGGUACAUCUUCCUGUUGAAAAGGAAAGCUGGAUUGUGUGUGGGACACAGUCUGGUACUCUGCUGGUCAUCAAUAAUGAAGACGGGAAAAAGAGACAUACCCUAGAAAGGAUGACCGAUUCCAUUACUUGUCUGCAUUGCAAUUCCUUUUCUAAGCAAAGCAAGCAAAAAAAUUUUCUUUUGGUGGGAACUGCUGAUGGCAAUUUAGCCAUUUUUGAAGAUAAGACUGUUAAGUUUAAAGGGGCUGCUCCUUUGAAGAUACUAAACAUAGGAAGUGUCAGCACUCCCCUGAUGUGUCUGAGUGAAUCCACAAAUUCAACUGAAAAAACCAUGAUGUGGGGAGGAUGUGGCACAAAGAUUUUCUCAUUUUCUAAUGAUUUCACCAUUCAGAAACUCAUUGAGACGAGGACUAAUCAACUGUUUGCUUACGCAGCUUUCAGUGAUUCGAACAUCAGAGCCGUGGUGGCCGACACUGUUCUCUACAUUGCUAAGAAAAACAGCCCUGUCGUGGAAGUGUGGGAUAAGAAAACUGAAAAACUCUGCGAACUAAUAGACUGUGUGCACUUUUUAAAGGAGGAGAUGGUAAAAGUAAGCAAAGAAUCAAAACACAAAAUGUGUUAUUCUGGGAGAGUGAAAACUCUCUGCCUUCAGAAGAACACUGCCCUCUGGAUCGGAACUGGAGGAGGCCAUAUUCUUCUUCUCGACCUUUCGACUCGUCGAAUCAUACGUAUCAUUUACAACUUUUGUGACUCUGUUCGAGUCAUGAUGACGGCACAGUUAGGAAGCCUUAAAAAUGCUGUGCUGGUUUUGGGGUACAACCGGAAAAGUAGUGAAGGCACACAACACCAAAAAGAGAUUCAAUCUUGCUUGACUGUUUGGGACAUCAAUCUUCCACAUGAAGUGCAAAAUUUAGAAAAACACAUUGAAGUAAGGAAAGAAUUAGCUGAAAAAAUGAGAAAGACUUCUGUUGAAUAAGAUAUUGAAAAUAUCUUUAUUUUCUCAUCUGGAUGAAAAAAAAUUCUCUUCUUUUAUACAUAUUUCCUUAAAAAAAUGUUUACAUGUGAAGGGUACU